AUGAUCAAGGACAAAGUGCCUCCCAGCGUACUCUGCGGCUCUCGCCGUCGCACACCAGAGAUGGUGGGGCUUGUGCUGCUGUUAGUGACCGCGUUCUCGAUGGUGGGACGAGUUGUGGAUAUUUCAAGCCGCAGUAUCUCGAAUCCAGAACUCAGCGUACCAGGAGGUAGAAACGACGUUCGACAAACGCUACGGCUACAGCGGCAGCAAGAACUCCAGACUCUGAUCACACAACCGACCCGGGCUCCGCAUGUAUACAACAACCAGGAUAUCAAGAGCAAGUGCUACAAGCAAAGAGAUGUCGGUAUCAUUCCAUCAGUACGCCAAGCCGCCAAGAACUUCUGCAUGAAUGGAGGAUGGGACAAAGAGAAGCAACAGCCUGUUAGUCCUAGCAAGGCUACAAAGAUAUCGACGUAUCGAGUUCCAGGAGGCAUCAGGAGCGCCACGUUUCAGAAUCUCAUGUUGGAUCUGAUCGACGUCAAGAUCAAUUCACCUAUUGAGAGUAUGGCUCAAGACGGCGGCAAGCACGACCCAAGAUUUAACUUCAACCCGCGGUUGAUUAACUGCGCGUGCGAUGAAUUUGCUGCCUAUUUCAGCGGUCUACCGGGCGAUAAGGAACGUCGAGGUGAACAGGUAUGGCAGCCAUCACUCAUGCUGUUCCCGGAUAGUGGCAUCCCCUUGUCGAGUAUUUGCUCAUUAGAACGUCCCAAGAACACGAGUCGCUCGGCGUGGGAUUUCGUUAAGAACCCGUUACAAGCACCAGAUAACAACGAGACGGUUAUAUUCGAGGACCCGGUGGUGCUAAUUGCUCGCCGUGACGACCACAACCCGUUCUUCCAGAUCUCGUACGCUCUCAACUCGUGGAUCAUGCUCCAAGCUCUUGGCUGGGACGUCACUAAAACCCAUCUGAUUCACUUUGACGGUGGCUAUCCUUCACCCAUUGACGAACUGCACCAGGGACUCUUGUCUCCAAACCAUAAGCUUAUUGAUGGAUCCACGCUUAUGGGUAAGCGUCUGCACUUCCGUGGUGAUGUAAUGAUCGCACCGUAUGAACUGUCGGGUCCAAUGAUGCAACACCUGGAUAACGAUGAACCGUGCUUUGAUUCAGAGUUGUUUAAAACAUUUCGCUCCCAAGCUCUGCUGACAUUGGGCAUAACACCACAGAUAGAACGCAGCAUCGGCUUGACUGCCAUUCGCCCUAUGAUCGUGACCGUGAUCACCCGUCGCCCGUACGGUGGACGUGUGCUGCAGCGCGUGUGGCUUAACGAGGACGAGAUCAUGGACAAAAUACGAGCGAAGUACAGAGAUCUGAACGUGGAGUUCCGCUCAGUGGAAUAUGUGAAUUUGACUCUAGCCGAGCAGAUGAAGACCACCAUUGAGAGUGACAUGAUCAUCAGUAUGCAUGGCGCUGGCUUGGUGAAUGUGCUCUGGGCGCGUCCGAUGACGAUGGUAUUGGAGAUUUUCCCAAAGCAGCGAUUCCGCUGGGGAUACCGCAACUUGUGUCAGUUUGUCGGCUGCAAUUGGCACCAAUUCCGCGGUGGCGAAGACGUUGGUGAAAAUCCGGUUCCUAACACCAAAAGCAAACGAAUUCCUUACGACGAGUGGAUGCUCUUCUUCACGCCGCUCUUCAAUAGUAGCUAUGGUGCAUUUCAGAAGCAGCAGACGGUUCUGCGUGGAGAAUCGUCAUAG